AUGCCAUAUCCCUCCACUGGAUCCUCAAGAGACAGCUCCAGGGACAGGCCUAUUACCCUGCCUCCUAUCCGAGAUAUCUUUCGAGAGCAACUAAAUACACCAUCUCCUCAGUCGUCCCCUCGUCUACCACGCACCUCCAGAAAUGAUGGUCACCCAGUCUUCGCAGAUGAGUUCAGACCACGCACGUCUGCUUCUAUGAGAGCACCAUCAGCAAGUCCAGACAUGCGCUACAACAGAGAAAGUUCAUGGAGUAGCUCUUCGUCGCCAAGGAAUCCUGCACCCGGACUACGUUCCUCACAUUCAUACGGAGCAGCUUUUCCCGAAGUUUCUUCUCGUCGACCUGUGGCAUUUCCAGAACAUGCCGGGUCGCGAUGUCCGUCGUCGGUUCUGCCGGCAGGUUUAGCCCGAGUGCAGUAUCCGGCCAUUACGCUGGUGCGCCGUCCGGCAGGCCUGGUGGAAUGUGCGACCCGUCUCGGCAAAGCGCUUGGAAUGAACACAGGCGUCGAGACUCUGCGGAUUCACUCUGGUCUUCGCAAUCCGGUUCGACCCCUUCCUCACACUCAGCUCGGUUCAAGCUAUCCUAGGACUCCGACACAGGCCAGCGCCCAUCCUGCGAAUGCAGGUCCGGUUGAUUAUCAGUCACCGUUCGGCGUCCUUAUUGCCGAUAUUGAUCCGCGAGGCGCGCCCCCCUCCGAUCCACAAAGGACAGCCAUUAUCCGUACUCUGAGAGCAUCGGGAGUCCAAGGUUCCUUCCAAAUAAACUUUGACGAUUCAACUAACACGCACCACCAAGCACGCUAUUCUUGUCAAUACUGCGGCAAGGGCUUUGCCCGACCGAGUAGCUUGAGGAUACAUAACAACAGCCACACUGGAGAGAAACCGUUCCAAUGUCCCCACCCGGAUUGUGGACGCCGUUUUAGUGUGCACAGUAAUAUGCGACGACACUUUCGCGUUCACGGUGGAGAGGCACCGAAGAACGGUGAAAGUUCUGGUGACGAGAAUCCAGAGGAAUGAAAUUCUCGGUGCUUUCGCUUCGGUUGACUUCUAAUAGAUUUUUUUUUGCUAUUUCAGGCCUACUUAGAUCCACU